UUUGCAGCUCUAUUUAUCCAUCUACCUCACACUACAAGGCAAAUGAAAAGCUCAAUCUAUCAACUUUCAACUUUCUACUUAAGAAGUUCAUUAUUCCUCUAUUUUCCCCCUAUAGAUAUGUUGAGAACUUUACGUUGGAAAUUGGACAAAUGUCAGAAAAAUGAAAUAGUCAAAAAUACGUUCUGCCUUUCUUGGAUCCAUCUGUCUCUGUGUCUAGAUUACCUAUUUAUUAGAAUUUAUCCACUCACUGCAUUCCUGUGUAUAUAAAUUAGGUUUGUAUUACUGUUUCAUUUUUUUUCAGUUCUCACAGGACACUGUUUUGCUGAAGAAUAAUGGAGAAUCAAACCACUGUGGCCAAAUUUAUUAUCUUAGGAAUUUCCAGUGACCCACAGCUCCAGGUUUUCCUGUUCUUGGUAUUUUUAGUUAUUUAUGUAAUAACCUUACUGGGGAACAUGCUUAUCAUGUUGGUGAUAAAGGUUGAUCCUCAUCUUCAAUCACCCAUGCACUUCUUUCUGUCCCAUUUAUCCUUUGUUGACAUCUGCUAUUCCUCCACCAUUGUCCCCAAGAUGCUGGAGAACUUUCUAGCAGAGAAGAAAACCAUUUCUGCCAAUGGCUGCAUUACCCAAAUAUUCUUUAUUAUUUUGUCAUCUGGUGCUGAAAUUUUCACUCUUGCAGCUAUGGCUUAUGACCGAUAUGCUGCCAUAUGUGACCCACUGCAUUAUAUGGAAACAAUGAAGAAACGACUCUGCCGACAGCUAGUGGUGGGUGCAUGGAUCAUUGGCUUUAUAGAUGCUCUGUUAAAUACUGUUCCUCUGCUAAAAUUACACUUCUGUGGUCCCAGCGAAAUCAACCAUUUCACCUGUGAGCUCCCUUCACUCUUGGUCUUGUCCUGCACUGAGACCUUCAACAAUGAAGUGGUGCUCCUUUCCUCCAUUGCAAUAUUUGGAUCCAGCUCCUUCCUGCUCACACUGGUCUCCUACAUUCACAUAAUUGCCACCAUCCUGAGAAUACACUCCAUGGAUGGCAGGCGUAAAGCCUUCUCCACCUGCAGCUCCCACCUUCUCAUCGUUAUUUUAUACUUUGGAACAGGUUCCUUUCGAUAUGUGAGACCCAGCUCAGCAUCCUCCGAGGUUCUAGAUAUGCUGGUGUCCAUCCAGUACAGCAUCUUGACCCCUAUGUUAAAUCCCAUCAUCUACAGCCUGAAAAACAAGGAGGUGAAAAGAGCCAUAGUGAAUAUGUUGAAAAAAGCAUAA